AGCGUGUUCGUCGGCCGGUUUUCGGCGCGUAGACGAGUGCGCGUUUGGUUGUGUACCAGGUAGGGAGUGCGCUGAGAAGGACGUUUCGGAUUCUUGCACCUUCGUUCCUUCGUUGUAGUGCGCUUGUAGUACUAGUGCACGUGCACGUAGGAUUAUUACUUUGGUGCAGUCUUCUGCGUGGGAGGUUCUCGCGGCUGUGUGCUUGCCUACGUUGUUGUGUUCGCCAAUUCUGGAGUGAUAUAUUUUUCUUUUCGGGAACCAUUUUACGACGAUUUCGUCGCAGCGCAGUUCUGCAAAAUGUGCCGGUGUUUGAUAGCGUGGUCUUCACUGAUCCUGGCCGUGACGUUACUCGGCUGUGCUUCAGUAAUAGCAGCGGAGGAUCAAGACACAGAAAUUCCGGUCGACAAGCUAGUGGAGUUCAUCACCAAGAAUGAAACAUUCAAUGCGGAUAUUGACCAGAAGUUAACGCUACCCUGCGACAUAGCAAAUUUUGACGAAGGCACCAUCCGUGUAUGGAUGAAGAACGAGGACGUCCUGUUCGCCGGUUCCUUCAAGGUAACGCCCGACGACCAUGUGUCAGUAGACGAGAAGGGUAGUCUCUUCAUCGACGGCGUACGAGAGGGGGACGGAGCCACCUACACGUGCCGCAUCAACAGCCAGAUAAUACCAAACUCCAUACACCACAAGGUCUACUUACCAGGACCCCCUGAACUGGACUACAGUCCGAAGAGUGGUGAGCGGCAAGUAUUUCUGGGCCUCAACUUUACCAUUCGUUGUUCCGCCAGGGGCAAUCCUACGCCUACGGUGACGUGGAAGCACCUGGCACAUAGUGGCAUCCCCAAGCGUACAGUGUCAACGAGGUCUAACGACUCAUCGUUGGACCUGAGCAGCCUCAUAAAAGGCGAUACGAUUGAGAUUUUGGCGGCGGAACGCAAACACGCGGGAACGUAUGAGUGUACGGCGUCGAACGGCAUCGGGAAACCUCAGGUGGCACGCAUCUUGGUCAAAGUGAUUGGCAAGCCCACAGUGAAGGCGUCAAUUCGCUGGGCCGAAGACGCUGAUGGCUUGACGGCAGAUCUCGUGUGCAUCACACACAGCGACGUCCAGGCGACGACCCGUUGGGUGCGCGGUGAUGGCACCUGGCUGUUGGAGACUGGCGAUGUGACCCUGCACACUGUGGGCAACCAGUACACUGCAAAGUUCAGAAAAGUCAGUGAGCGCUAUUACGACAACUACACGUGCGAGUCCACGAACAGCUUUGGCAUCACGAAGGACACCGUACAGCUGUCUGCGGUGCCGUCCAGGCCAGAGGUGUCUGCUCUUGAGGCUCCAACAAGGAAGACUUAUUCCAUCACAUUGACUACGGCAACUCCGUUUUCAGCAACCGAAUUUAUCGUCUACAUUAGAAAGGCCGAAGACGAGCACGACCACGCAAUGUGGAGGAACACGACGAUUCCCAUAAACAAGGAGACAUCCAUGGACUCGCUAGUCACUGUAAAUCACGUGAUCACCAAUCUAGAACCUAGUACUAAGUACCACGCCUAUGCUGUGGCCGUCAAUGAACACGGCAAGAGUCAUCCCUCGGACUUCACAUUCAGCACAGCGCUCCCUACAGAGCCAAUGCACAGCCCAGGCAACACAGAGGUCUCUGCAGGUCUUCAGCCUAAUGACCCCGAUGCUUUGCAAGAGUCCUCAGACGGAAGCUACGCUUCCCCGCCUGCACGAGCACUCAGCUCUCAAGUAAUGGGCUGCCUCACUGUGGUGCUGCUGUCAUUUUUUUUCUGGUGAACACUUCGGCUGCUAUGAGUCGCAUUGUGUUUCUUCGGCCGAUCAAAGACAUCUGAUUGCGGCUGACUGUGAAUUAAGUGACGUUCAUUAGAAAGACAUUUUCGUUUGUUUGGAGUACCCAAAGGCUCCAUUCAACACACACACACACACACACACACUGCAAUUCUGAACAAGCAGGGGCGCGCAUGGCCUGAAACUCGAUGAGGUGGUACCACGUAGAUAUUACAAUGUCAUUUAAUGACGCCUAAUAAUUUAACAGUGCAUGGAGCUGGUUAACUGAGCUGCUGAAAACAGCUAGGUGAACAAGUGCAGGCUAGUUUCGUUUGACCCUGAAACAUAAUGACCAGGAACAUUGGAUUUUGCGUAUUCGCCAGGUCGAACGAAAGCGAAGCAGUGUAAUUGUACAGUGCUGGACAAAGGCUUAUGGAGCACGGGUACGUUGUCAUUUUCUCCCUCACACUAUUGACGGAAGGUAGUGGAAAGCCAAUCGGAUGGGUGGACAGUUUAAUGUCUAUUGAGGCUCCAAUGAUCACCUUAACAGGAUGGGAGCAAUAUGGGGACUCUAGACCGUGGACUUUUGUGCAGCAUUGUACAUGUUCCCUCCACACUGAAGAAUUGCUAUGUUAAUGGGUUAUGACGUGCAAACAAUGUACUUCUCCCUGAAUCAACGAAUGGACUACCGGUGUACAGCGGCUGAAACGAGAAUGGUAACCUCAAACUCGGCAAGAUAGCCACUCUUCAGAACUACAGAUACAGCAAUGAAAUGAAUGUAACCAAUUUGUUCCUGUAACGAAUUUGCGUUCAGACGUACUAUAUAGGGUGUGCAAGUUAACGUGCACCGGGGUGAGCUCCGACUUGAAGGUCGCAGACAACGGAUGUAGUAGUAGUUCUCUACGCUUGAGACCUCUGAAAUCGAGGCGCGCGCGUAGAUGCGCUCGCUUCGUGUCAUGCGGUGCACUUUUGGAUUUCGCGCGCAUUCUUUCUUACCCGGAAAAAACUCGACACAUUGCGUACGCAAUUCAUAUCUCGACCAGGAGACGAAUAAUUAAAAAGCUAGCUAAUUAAUGAAACCACCAUAAAAAAAAAACACACACAAGCCAUUAGAGCACACGACUCCUCAGAGUAUUCUGCAGUUUCCAUUCGCUUAAGACGCACUGUGUUUUUUUAGACGCCGGUGAACGUUAGCUUGAACACCUUGUAUAGAUGGUUGAUUUGCAUGUACUGAAGUGGUCGCCCCGAGUAGACAUAGCCAGGCAUGCCCCUGCUUCCAGUUUGAAACAAACACUUUUUUUUUUUCCUAGGCGCGGAAAGUUUGCAGCAGAAGAUGUGUUCCUGAUUGAUGUUCCAUAUUUUCAUAUUUCAAAGACUAUAACAUUUCUGCUUUCGGUUGCAUUAGAUUUGAAAAUUGAGUUGGACAUGUGUACAUGCUUCCGCUUCCUCCUUGAGGCUCAGAUAUUUUCGUCAUGAAUUUCUUUUCUGCCAUAAGAUCCCGUAUGUGUAUGCUGCAUAAUUGUUUGUGCCACUUCAAUUGUGUUUGCAGGUUUCCAGGAAAAUGUGUUAUUUGCUCAAGACGAGCAGGGAAUUUCUACACCAAGUAUACUGUCGCAGGAUAACCAGAAAUAACAAAUGGAUAACGUCUCGCACUAUUUACUACGUUCCUUUUAACUCUGUCUUCUUCGUUCUUGUCAACACAAAAUAAAUUAUUAGGGUUAGCAAUACUAAAUAUCAAGCAGUGAUGGGGUCUUCUGAAGCAGUUUCGACAGCUCCAUUCGGAGGGCAUUUCUCUUGUAAUAAGCUAACCUAAGCUCUUACGUUCUGUAAUUUUGACUCGCACUAGAUGAAGAACAAGGAAAAAGCUCUUGACUGCCACUAUAUGCUCGCAACACUUUUUCCUCACGUUUAGUGGUGGGAUGUUUUCCCCUUUUGUUCCAUGCGCUUUGAUGAACAUCAAGGGGUUCCACUUAACGCUAUCUUAACCGCAGAAAGAAUUACCAAGUGAUAAUAUAUAUCAGCAGGUUACUCGAAAAUCAAUUCUUAUCUGGCAGUCGUAACAGCACGUUGCUUUACUGGCAGCAGCAAUCCUUCUUUUUUACUUCUUGAUCAUAUGACACAAGAGUGAAAUAUCGUGAGGAUGCUUUUAGGUAGGCUUGAGUAACGCAUUUAAAGCGACGAGCAAUUACUCUGCACCAUCUGGAGUGUUUUUUGAGAGCUGAAAUAGAAGAGAAAUAAAGAAAUAAUAUAUCAGUGAUUGAUACACGUAACAGUAUUCCAACACUUAACAGUAUGCCAACGUGCUCUUCUUUAAGUCUCACUACGCUUUUCGACUACAUUUAAAAAUGCUGCAGAGAUGCGUAGAAUAUCGCACAAGGCCGAAACGCUGUGUAUUUUCACAAGUGCCACACACUGCGUCUUCGCGAUUCCAACCCAGUUUGUUACCUCUUAGGGUCGCCUUUUCUGUAUUAUGCGAAAAUAACUUGUUUGCGUGUCGAAGUUAUUAAGACCGGCAGAAGAAAGACAAUAGAGAUAAACUGACGCAGCCGUGUGAAGGAAAAAAAAAAAAGAAACAUUUGUGUCCGAAACCAUGCGGUGUAUAGAUCAAAUUAUGCCGUUGCACGAUGUCGAGCCGAUGUCGUUUUUCGUGUGGGUUGAUAGCUCCUUACUUCCGUGUUGUUUUAAAUAUUGACCAUUAUUUUCUGUGGCAGGUCGCUUUUUAAAAUGCAACACAGGCCCAGAGCGCUAUUUCAUGAACUAAAUACAUUCGUCUCAUCGUUGUUAACCAAAGACCUAAACGAAUAAUUCAUGAAACUUGUUUUCGUUGUAACGCACGAGCGUGUGUGUUUCACUAUAGGUCACUCGCAUAACGGUAGACGACUGCAAUAUAUUCUGUGUGCAAGUAGAUGCUGGAAGGUUGUUCCCGGGAGUCUAGAAUUUAUUUUCUUUAUCCGUUAUUUGUCUGUGGAGCUACAGUACGCUUUGUGACUUACAAGUCAUAAGUUGUCUUCACUUUAUUUUGUAACUCUUUUGGCAGAUAGGCCAUCCACCCACACGGCUAUCAAUGCAUGCAAUAGAUAUUGGAUAGGUCACUUCCUUCCGACAUCACACACACACACAUUGUGUCCACUGUUAUGAACUGCCACUAGGUGUAGCUGGUGUGAUCAAAUCAUGUUUCCUGAUUAAGUGACGCACCCCAGCGUGAACUCUCAUAGUCUUCAUGAGAAAAUUAUGUGCCGCAAUGUAACAUAGUUUAACAUAAGAGCAUCAUAUACUUAACAUCAUUUUUGACCGCGGUUAUGUAUAGAGAAUUGAAUGGCUUGUUCGUACAGAUGAAUCAAUAUUUCGUAUAUUUGUGUAAAUGCUUCCAUGUAUCGCUUUGUAAAGUUUGCGUCGGAAUGAGUGAAGCAUGUUGUCCUUUCUUUGCCAUCAUCGGGAAAUAUUACGGCAGUGUCUAGUAACGUUAGCAUUUGUGUAUUUAUUUUGAUAUUUGUUUUCUGAUACGAUUACAUUAAAAUAAAUUAGCGACCAGAAAAAGAGCAACUAUGCAUU